UAAUCCAGCCUCUUCUGCUGUAGUCAGAUUUAGAGGGGGCGUGGCUACAGGCUGACCUCCCACUGCUGGCAGGGAAUGACUCUCACUGCCUUAGAAAUUCCUCCACCUGUGAGAGUGUGUGUAAGAGUGUGUGAGAGACUGAGAGAGUGUGUGUGAGUGUGAGAGAGUGUGAGGAACUGUGCCAUUAUUUUAUCUGCAGGUUCUAACCACCACCCUUCAGAGAGAUGACUGGACACCAGUGGGGCUACGGGGAGGAUGAUGGUCCAUCCGCUUGGUCCAAAGACUACCCCAUCGCUGAGGGUCCUCGCCAGUCCCCCAUAAACAUUGUUCCUGACGAGGCGGUUUAUGAUGCCAACCUGCCACCCAUCUCCCUCAACUACGACAACUGCACCUCCAUCAACAUCUCCAACAACGGACACUCUGUGGUGGUGGAAUUCGACGAUGCGGAUGACAGAUCAGUGAUCCAGGGAGGCCCGCUGAACAACGCCUACCGCCUCAAACAGUUCCAUUUCCACUGGGGAGGGAAAGGCUGCCACGGGUCAGAACACACCGUCAGCGGGAAAACCUACACAUCUGAGCUGCAUCUGGUACAUUGGAAUGCUGCUCGGUACGGGUCGUUUGGAGAGGCCGUGGCUGCCUCUGAUGGCUUGGCUGUGUUGGGAGUCUUUCUAGAGAUAGGAGAUGAACACAGAGGUCUACACAAGAUUACAGAUGCCUUAUAUAUGGUUAAAUUCAAGGGAACUGUUGCAGAUUUCAGAGACUUUAACCCAAAGUGCCUCCUGCCGCGUAGUUUGGGCUACUGGACGUAUCCUGGCUCGUUGACCACUCCCCCGCUGUAUGAAAGUGUCACGUGGAUCGUCCUGGCUGAACCAAUUGAAGUAUCAGAGAAACAGAUGGGAAAGUUCAGGACGUUGCUCUUCAGCGGCGAAGAGGAGGAAGUGCGGAAACGGAUGGAGAACAACUUCCGUCCUCCACAGCCUCUGAACGGCAGGGUGGUCCGCUCCAACUUUCAGUAGCUUCUCCGUCACCAACUCUGAGUCCAUUCAGGCUUCAGAAAUUGUUCUAGAAUCAACAUUAAGCUCUUCACUUGAGAAGACUCCGUCAAAAGAAGAAGAAUCCAGACCUGGUCUCCAUAAGCCAGCACUGUGACUGCAUUUAUGAAGGGUAGCUGCUGUACGCAUGCAGAGGUAUAAGACCUAUCGACUGUAGCAGUUUUUUGAGAUUGUUAUCUGCACUGGUGGUGUUUUUUGUUUCUUGAUUUUAUGGAAAGUUUGUGACUCACAGGGUCUCGAAUGUUUAGCAUGCUUUGUUUUGUUUAGUGUGGCCGACUAACCUCUCCGCGAUGAUCCUCUCUGAGUGCUAAAGGGCAUUGAGUAAUGACCCCACAGCUUUGUGUGAUUUGCCUUUGACACUGAGCCGUUCCAUAGAUUCCUGCUAAUCCGUCUUGAUCAGGCUUGCUGAGAGGGAUCCACCCUGAGGUGCUUCAAAACUCUCAAACCUGACUGUGUGGAUGGAUUAGCCAGCCACUGAUUCGCUUCAUUCAGGAACUUUAGCAGCAGUUUGAGCUCAGCUGGGUUUUUUUGGCUGUGGACUCAAGAUUUACUGUACAUUUAAGCUGGAGAAAGGUCACUCUGUCUCACACAUAAGGGCUGUGUCUGAAAUGUAACAUAUGCUGUCUAUUGAGACAGGGUUCUGAGACAGGAAUGCACCCAGUCAAAAGAAGUUUAGUAAUCUGGCUUUUUGUUUUAUUUAACACAAUGACAACAUAGCUAUACACUCACAUAUUCAACCUAUAACUGUUUAAAUGUCAAACAACAGAAAAAUAAAAAAGCACAUGCUAAUGGCUAAAAAGUUGCAUAUAGUUUGAGUGAUUGAGUGUUUAUAUCUAACAAUGUCUAUACUUUUGAGUGAAAAUGCUAAUGGCCAACAGACAACAUAGCUAAAAACACUAAAACUGUUUAAAUGUCAAACAACAUAAAAUAAAAUAUCACACAUGGUUGACAUUUCUAAUGGCUAAUAAUGCUUCUGGACCCUUAUAUGUAGCAAUGUCUAUACUUUGCGUAAAAAUGCUAAUGGUUAACAACAAAGUUAAAUGCUCAUAUCUAGCAGUGUCUAUAUUUUAAGUGAAAAUGCUAAUGGAUGAUGACAACAUAGUUAAAAGCUCAUAUAUAGCAGUGGCUGUACCGUGCAUGAAAAUGCUAAUGGCUAAUGACAAUAUAGCUAAAAGCUCAUAUUUAAAAGAAUCUGCCUAUAGUUUGAGUGAAAAUGCUAAUGGCUAACAACACUGCUAGACCCUUAUAUCCAACAAUGUCUUUACUUUUGAGUGAAAAUGCUAAUAGCUAACGGCAAGACAAAUAAAGGCUCAUAUCUAGCAGUGUCUAGUUUGAGUGAAAAUGCUAAUGGCCAACAGACAACAUAGCUAAAAUCACUUAAACUGUUUGAAUGUCAAAAAACAUAAAUAAAAUAUCACACAGUGUAUAUACUUUGGUUAAAAUUUCUAAUGGCUAAUAAUACUUCUAGGCCGUUAUAUCUAAUAAUGUCUAUACUUUGAGUAAAAACGCUAAUGGCUAACAACAAAGCUAAAUAUUUAGCAGUAUCUAUAGUUUGAGUUAAAAUGCUAAUGGAUAACAACAACACAGCUAAAUGCUCAUAUAUAGCAGUAUCUGACUUUACCUUGGGCAAAAAUGCUAAUGGCUAAUGACAACAAAGCUAAACGCUUAUAGCUAGCAGUGCAUGUACCUUGCGUGAUAUUGCUAAUGGAUAACAACAACACAGCUAGACACUAAUAGUUAACAGGAUCUGGCUAUACAUUGGAUGAAAAUACUAAUAACUAAUGACAAUAUAGCUAAAAGCACAUAUCUAACAGAAUCUGCCUAUAGUUUGAGUGAAAAUGCUAAUGGCUAACAACACUGCUAGACCCUUUUAUCUAACAAUAUCUAUACUAUCUAUAGUGAAAAUGCUAAUAGCUAACGGCAAGACAAAUAAAGGCUCAUAUCUAAAUGCUAAUGGACAACAGACAACAUAGCUAAAAUCACUAAAACUGUUUAAAUGUCAAACAACAUAAAAUAAAAUAUCACAGUGUAUAUACCUUGGUAGAAAUUUCUAAUGGCUUAUAACGCUUCUAGGCCGUUAUAUCUAAUAAUGUCUAUACUUUGAGUAAAAACGCUAAUGGCUAACAACAAAGCUAAAUAUUAGCAGUGUCUAUAGUUUGAGUUAAAAAGCUAAUAGAUAACAACUACACAGCUAAAUGCUCAUAUCUAUCAGUAUCCUACUUUACCUUGGGCGAAAAUGCUAAUGGCUAAUGACAACAAAGCUAAAUGCACAUAGCUAGCAGUGUCUGUACCUUGCGUGAUAAUGCUAAUGUAUAACAACAGCACAGCUAGACACAAAUAUUUAACAGGAUCUGGCUAUACGUUGGAUGAAAAUGCUAACAACUAAUGACAAUAUAGCUAAAAGCUCAUAUCUAACAGAAUCUGCCUAUAAUUUGAGUGAAAAUGGUAAUGGCUAACGACAACACAGCUAAACCCUUAUAGCUAGCAGUGGCUGUGCUAAUGGAUAACAACAACACAGCUAGACACUAAUAUCUAACGGGAUCUGUCUAUAUCUUGGACAAAACUCCUAAUGGAUAACAGCACAAAGCUAAAUGCUUAUAUCUAGCAGUGUCUGUACAUUGGGCAAAACACUAAUGGCUAAGGACAACACAGCUAAACUCUCAUAUCUAGUAGUGGCUAUAGUUUGAGUGAAAAUGCUAAUGGAUAACUACACAGGAUCUUUCUAUACAUUGGGCAAAACGCUAAUGGCUAACGACAACACAGCUAAACUCUCAUAUCUAGUAGUGGUUAUAGUUUGAGUGAAAAUGCUAAUGUUUAACAACAACACAGCUCAACGCUCAUAGCUAGCAGUGGCUGUACCUUGGGCGAAAAUGCUAAUAUCUAGCAGUGUCUGUACCUUGUGUAAUAAUGCUAAUGGAUAACUACAACACAGCUAAACACUCAUAUCCAGCAGUGUCUGACUAUACCUUGGGGAAAAUGCUAAUUAAAAAACAAACAAACAAACAAAUUGAAACAGAUAAACACUCACAUCCUGCAGUAAACUGUCAAUAUCUUUGCAAUACCAGGAACAUAUGCUUCCCUUUUGAUUGGGAUACAGAGACCUUCAUCACUACACUGCCUUUUAAGCGAGAGUGUGGAAAGAAAGGCAUAAAGUCAGCAUUUAUUCAUUUCAGACAAAGCCAAAGCCUUUAUUUAAACUCAACAUGGUGCCGUUCAUACUGCUCCUUUGUAGAAACACGGUUCUUUGAAAUACAGACCUGUUAAUUAAUGAGGCACCAGUCCCAUAUCGUAAAUCUACAGAAGCAUGUACAGCACAAUGCACUGGAAUGCCUCCCCCAGCAGAUGAGUUAAUUGAGUUAGUGUCAGUCGUGAUUUGAAGCUAUGUUGGUGCAGUUGUUCCUUACAGUGCACCAGUGCUGUUACUGUUCUGUUCUGUUUGGGGUAGGUACAACAUUACGCCUGUCACAAAGAAACUAAACAUAUUUGGACAAUAUAUUCUCCCAGAAAUUGAGAAUGAUAUUAUUGUAAAUGAAUUACACCUUGCACCUUUUUUGCAAUUAUAUUAAUUUAAAGAUCAAUAGAAUUGUAUUAUUUAAAAAAAAUUCAGAUGCAAGGCUCUGCGUGGUCCAGCGGGCUAAGCGCUGUCACUAUGAUCAGGAGAUCAUCAUUUCAAAUCCCGUUCAUGCAGCUUGCCAUCAGCUGCCGGAGCCCUGAGAGAGCUCAAUUGGCCUUGCUCUCUCUGGGUGGGUACAGUAGAUGGCACUUUUUCCCCUUAACACUCCUAGGAUGAUGUCGAUCAGCACGAGGCCUCUGUGAGCUGAUGUAUUGGAACAGAGUCGCUGCGCAUUCCUCCGAGUGCACUGUGAUGCUACUCUGCAAUGCAAACUCAUCAGCAGCAGUUAGAAAAGAGGUGGAGUCUGACUUCAGUGUUAGUCUUCACCCUACUGGUGUGUUAGGGCAUCACUAGUAAUAGGGGGAGUCCUUAUGAGUGCUUUGGGUAAUUGGCUGUGUAAACAGGGAAGAAAAUAGGGGGGGAAAAAAUCUGAUGUUUGAAUUGGAAUAUACAAAAUGUCUAAAUACCAUGAAUAAAAGAUAUAAAAAACAUUUUUUUUAACAAAGUCAACACAGAAUAAGAAAACACAAUAUAUUAAUAAUAUAAUUAAGUAUAAUAUUAGUAAUAUUAAGUUGAGUUCAGACAAAAAAUUUAAUUAACGUUUUUUUGUUUUGUCUAGGCCUACUACAAUAAUUAAUUCAUCAAAUUAUUAUACAAUACAUUACCUCAGUCAUUUUUGAUGACCUCUGUAUUGUUAUUCAUUAUGUAUUUUAUUAACCAAAAGAAAUGAGUAAAUGAGCUGAUAUGUCGACUGUUUAAAACAGUGGUUUUAUUCAUUGUAGGACAUUUAAACAUUUUUACAUUCUAAUUCCAGUUUCUAAAUAUUUUUAAUAAUUAGAAGUGCUCUUGCUUUUUAUGUGUUUUAAUGCAAAAUGGUCUUAACAUAAGAAUAAUUUUAUUUAUGGCCAUUAUUUCUGGGACAACAUAUUUCCCAAACAAAAACAGUUAUAGUGACGGGCUUAUUCGUGUCCAUAUAUUGUACAGAGAGUCAGUUUUUGUGAUCAGCCUAUACAGGAUGGAGUUAAAUGGUCUCCCUUCUACCAGCAGAGCUACUACUGGAUUCUCAGGCAUUAUUAGCAGUGAGUUAUGGAAGCUUGUAGGGUAAUGUUUGUGUUUAUAUAUAGCUUCUGGGCUAGAUCCAAGUAACCCAGGAAAGCUGGCAGGGGCGCCAGGCGGCACUCUGAAUUAUGUCAUAUACUGUAUACAGUACUGUGCACAAGUCUGAGGCGGCCACAGACAUUGUUUACAGCCGUUUAUCAUCAGUAGCUUUUGUUUUGCAUGGUUAUAUUUAUAUACAGCUCUGGAAAAUUGAAGAGAUCACUUCAGUUUCUGAAUCAGUUUCUCUGAUUUUGCUAUUUAUAUGUUUAUGUUUGAGUAAAAUGAACAUUGUUGUUUUAUUCUAUAAACUACAGACAACAUUUCUCCCAAAUUCCAAAUAAAAAUAUUGUAAUUCAGAGCAUUUAUUUGCAGAAAAGGAGAAAUGGCUGAAAUAACAAAAAAGAUGCAGAGCUUUCAGACCUCAAAUAAUGCAAAGGAAACAAGUUCAUAUUCAUAAAGUUUUAAGAGUUAAAUCUUUUGGUAAAUUUUUGGUGGAAUAACCCUGGUUUUUAAUUAAAAUUUUCAUGCAACUUGGCAUGUUCUCCUCCACCAGUCUUACACACUGCUUUUGGAUAACUUUAUGCCUUUACUCCUGGUGCAAAAAAUCAAGCAGUUCAGUUUGGUGGUUUGAUGGUUUGUGAUCAUCCAUCUUCCUCUUGAUUAUAUUCCAGAGGUUUUUAAUUUGGUAAAGUCAAAGAAACUCACCAUUUUUAAGUGCUCUCUUAUUAAUUUCCAGAGCUGUAUAUUAUAUAUAUAUAAUAAUGCCAGGCCACAUAAAAGGUUUAAUACUGCAAGUGUAAAUGCAACAAAUUUGAACCACUCAAAUAAACCACUUCAGUGCCAAAUAUUAUCAUUUAAUAUGUAUAAUAAUAUUCAACAAUCAAAACUCGUCCCAGUACAACCAAUACUCCAGUAAUACUGUCCCCACAAUGAGACGAUUUGCAUAUUCCAUCCACAAAGGAAGUCAUAUUUAUUUAUUUUUUUUGCCUCGUUUCAUACUAUACUGUAUGGACAAAAGUAUUGGGACAUCUAUUCAUUCAUUAUUAAAGGUACUUCUGAAAUUAAGGGUGUUAAAAGAGAUUAGGCAAGCUAUAUGUGUAUGUGUGUGCACAUCUGUGUUAGCAAUGGAUGAAUGCAUUUAUUAGGGGUGUCCACAAACAUUUGGACAUGAAGUGUACUGUGAUACUUUUUAACAUUAGAAUAAAUACAAACUGCCAUUAAUGGUUAAAUAAAAAAAAAAAAUCUUGGUUAAUUUAUUGUUUUUCUGGUUAAAAUGUCAGUUUUUUUUUUAACUCCAGACACUGUAUGUAUUAGUUAUUAUAUUUACUGUAAUGAAGCACUGAUUGGUUAAGCUGGGUGUUGUUAGAUGGGAAUUUUGAUUAUUAGGCUUUCUCUGGGAGAGCUGUAGAAUUGAUUUUACACUCUCACACUUUCUCUCAAUGUAUGUUAUUUUUGCGUUUGUAUUUAUUCUAUUGUUAACUUUUUAUUUUUUCAGAUGUCUAAGGCUUGUGCACAGUAUUGUACAGUACAGUACAUUGAGUUUACUCACAUCAGUUUAAUCAGAUUCACGAGGGUUCAUUACAUCUAUUUUCUAUAUUACAGAUGGAUUUGCAGCUCAGUCAGUGUGUGAUCCGACUCAGAAUGAAAAGGCAAGCUAAUAAAAGUUUUGAAAUAAUGAAUGCAUCUGUGCAUGAAAUGAACUAUUUAUUGUGGUUUUAUUUUUUUUAUUAAGCUGUAAGAAGGAUAUUCACUAUUAUAAUGUUAAUUCGAAUAAAGUUAUUAUAUCAGAA